CGUAGGCCUCGCCCUUUCCCGGCCCAGUGGCGGUGGGGCCUGCGUGAGGGCUGGGGCUGGGCCGCGGGAGCCUCGGUGGGUACCUCGCUCGGCCUGGGGACUUUCCGCCUCCGCGGGAAGCCCAGAGCUUUACAACGAAGCCCGCCCGGUGGCGGGGAGGGGGAAGAGCGUUGCGCGCGGUGCGGGCGGCCCCGCUGCUCCAUGUGCAGGGGCGGCGGGGUCCGCGUCCCGGCAGACGAUGGCCAAAUGGCUGAACAAGUACUUCAGCCUGGGCAGUAGCAAGAGCAAGAGCCCCCCGCAGCCGCCGCGGGCCGACUACCGGGAGAAGGGCCCGCCGCUACCCCGCCCGCAGCGCCGCGCCUCGCCCUGCCCGCGCCGCCGCCCCUGCGACGACACCGCCGAGCUGCUCCGCGCCUACCGCGCGCAGAAGGACCGCGACUUCGAGGACCCUUAUGGCGAGCCUGGCUCGUCCCUGCGCAAGCUGCGAGCCGUCUGCCUCCCGGAGCGCCCCGACGACCCCAGCGAGGCGCCCCGCAAGGCGUUCUCCUCGGCGUCGUGCGGCGCCGAGCCCCGCGCCCCCGCUGCCUCCCCGCUCCUGGCACGCAGCCACAGCGAGCGCCGCCCCGCCACGCCGCCCGGAGCCCGGCACGCGUCCCCCCGGCACCGGCUCAUCAAGGUGGAGGGCGCCGGCGGCCCGGGGAGGAAGCUCGGCAAGGGCCUGAAGCAGCGGGCCGCCUCCGUCUCCGCUGACGCGAAAGACAAAGUGUCUCUGCACAACAGAUGCAAAGAUGUUAACUGCAGUGGACCAGUCAGUGGACAAUGUGUGUUCCAAUCCUUCUACACCAGAGGAGGGGCCAAGACCAGAAUGAGGUACCACUCAUCUUACUACAACCUCCACAAGGAAGAAGAGAUUUUGAUAGCUGAUGACUACUCAGAUCCAUUUGAUGCCAAAAGUGAAUUGAACAGACUGGGAAAAGGGGAGCACACUGGCUACAUGGAACCAUAUGAAGCCCAGAGAAUUAUGACUGGGUUUCAGAAGCAGGAAGGCCUGAAGUCCCAUCAGAUAAACAUGCAGCUCUAUGACAUACCCUAUGAACCAGAAGGCGGUGGUGUGGAGUCCGAUUCUGAAAGUGUGACAAGUCACCAUUUACGAGAAAGCAAAUUGCCACAGGAUGAUGACAGGCCUGCAGAUGAGUAUGACCAGCCAUGGGAGUGGAACAAAGUCACCAUCCCAGCUCUGGCAGCCCAAUUUAAUGGAAGUGAGAAACAGCAAGCAUCUCUUCCUCCCUCAAAUGAACAGCACAGGCAGUUAAGAGCACCUGGUGGAGGCUUCAAAUCUAUCAAACAUGGCAGUCCAGGAUUUUGUGGGAUCCUGGGAGAGAGAAUAGAUCCAACUGUUCAACUGGAAAAGCAGAUAUGGUAUCAUGGAGCAAUCAGUCGGACAGAUGCAGAAAACCUGUUACGUUUAUGUAAAGAGUGUAGCUACCUUGUAAGAAAUAGUCAAACAAGCAAGCAUGACUAUUCUCUUUCACUGAAGAGCAGUCAAGGUUUUAUGCACAUGAAACUGAUGAAAACCAAAGAGAAAUACAUCCUGGGUCAGAACAGCCCUCCCUUCGACAGUGUUCCUGAAGUCAUCCACUACUACACUACAAAAAAGCUGCCUAUCAAAGGAGCAGAACACUUGUCUCUGCUCUACCCUGUGGCUGUGCGAACCCUCUAGAAACCUAGUCUCACCUCUUCCUGUGGAUGGGAGGUGGGAGGUAAGCUGGGUUGCACAGAAUUCGUUGUUGGAAUUCAGUGCUUUGAGUUGAUGAUGGAGAGUGACAGCCUAAAGUCUUGGGAACAUGGGCAUGCAGCUGAGUUGUGUAUGGGACUGUGUGUAUGGUACUGUUAUGCUGCAGCAUGCCUCUAAAUGGUGCUUCUACAUAAGAGGAAGAAAUCUUAUUUUAGUGCAAGGAGGCCAGAUAACCUUCCCAGAGCAUUUCUGUGAAUGAAAGAACUUUUCCAAUUAAAGUUCUUCCUCCAUAUUUUGAGCAAAAUCAACAAGUUCUUCUGAGCAGUAAAACACCAGCAACAUUUAUUGUCUUGCUACCCUGAGAAACUUCUGCAUGUGAAAGAGUAACCUGGCUCUGAGGGACCCUUGAAUGUUCUUGGAGAACCCACGAAGGACCUCCUUAGGAGGCAAGUCCCUGUGGCUCUGCUCACUUAGCUUGGUGGGUUUUGUUUUUUUAAUGCAGCUGCUUGGAGUAGUUGAACUUCUAUUAGGCACACAAUUUUAAAAUAAAUUUGUGAGAGCAAAUCAUGGUCAAUUAUUUCUGAAUAGACAAUGUAAUUAAAAGUAGCUUGUAAUAUAACAACAUGGAAUCAUAGAUUCGCUUGGUUGGAAAAGACCUUUGAGAUAAUCCAGGCCAACCAUACCUAUCCACUACUAAAACGUAUCCUUGAGCACUACGCUUACUUGUCUUUUAAAUACCUCCAGCGAUGGUGACUCAACCACUUCUCAGGGCAGUCUCUGCCAGUGCCCGAUAACUCUUUCAGUGAAGAAAUUUUUCCUCAUGUCUAAUCUGAACCUUCUCUGGCACAGCUUGAGGCCAUUUUCUCUUGUCCUGUUUUUUCAAAUGCUCUACUGGAGUCCAGGUACACUACAUCCACAGCCUUUCCUUCAUCCAUUAAGCGAGUAACCUUGUAAUAGAAGGAGAUCGGGUUAGUUUAGCAGGACCUGCCUUUGAUAAACCCAUGCUGACUGGGUCUAACCACCUGGUUGUGUUGUGUGCAGUGUGUGAUAGCACUCAAGAUGACCUGCUCCAUGACCUUCCCUGGUACGGAGAUCAGACUGAAAGGCCUGGAGUUCCGCAGAUCCUCCCUCUGACCCUUCUUGUAAAUGGGCAUAACAUUUGCCAACCUCCAGUCAAAUGGAACUUCCCCAAUCAGCAAGAACUGCUGUUCCUGGAAAGGUGUUUGGCGAGCACCUCCAUUAGCACCCUCAAUACCCGCGGGAGGAUCCAUCCAGCCCAAUAGACUUGUGAAUGUCUUAUUGGUCCAGCAGGUGUCUAAACAAUUCCUCUUGGAUCAUCAGAGAUUUGUUCUGCACCAUAUCCAUGUCUUCUGGCUCAGGAGGCCAAGUACCCAGAGAACUUCUCACCUUACUGUUAAAGACUGAGGCAAAGAAGGCAUUAAGUACCUCAGCCUUAUACUCAUCCUUUGUCACUAUUGUUCCCUUGGCAUCCAGUAAAGGAUGGAGAUUCUCCUUCACUCUCCUUUUGUUGUUGAUAUAUUUGUAGAAAGAUUUUUUUUAUUAUCUUUCACAGAAUUGGCCGAUUCAAGUUCUAGUAGGGCUUUAUUUUCUCUCUGCAUGAUCUAACAUCCUUGUAGUCCUCCUGAGAUGCCUACCCAUUCUUCCAAAGCUCAUAGACGUCCCUCUUUUUUCCAAGAUCCCCCCAAAGCUCUCUGCUCAGCCAAGCUGUCCACUGGCUCAGUUUUCAGCACACGGGGAUGAUCUGCCCAUGUGUCACCAGGAUUUCCGUCUUGAAGAGCAUCCUGCCCCUCUUGGGCUCAUUUGCCCCUUAGGACUGCCUCCCAAGGAACUUUAUCAACCAGCCUUCUGAACAGUCCAGAGUCUGCCCUCUGGAAGCCCAAGGUGGCCAUUCUACUGACGCUCCUCCUUCUCCUCCUAGAAAUGAGAAUUCAAUCAUCUCAUGAUUGCGGUGCCCUAGGUGUCCUCCAAACGUCACAUCUCCCACAAGGCCUUCUCUGUUCAUAAAUAUCAGGUCCAGUGGGCGCUUUCACUAGUUGGUUCACUCACCGGUUGUGCCAGGACAUUGUCUUCCACACACUCCAGGAACCUCCUAGACUGUUUCCUCCCUGCUGUGCUGUACUUCCAGCAGACAUCUGGUAAUUUGAAGUCCCCCACAAGAACAAGGGCUGUCGAUCGCAGGACUUCUCCCAGUUGCUUGUGGAGUAUCUCAUCAGUCUCUUCUUCCUGGCUGGGUGGUCUAUAGCAGACUCCCACCAUAAUAUCUGCCUUAUUGGGGUUCCACUGAUUUUUACCCAUAGACACUCAACCCUAUCAUGACCAUCAUUGAGCUCAAGGCAAUCAAAGCACUCUCUAACAUAGAGGACUACCCCACUGCCUCUCUUUCCUUGCCUGUCCCUCCUGAAGAGUUUAUAGCCAGCCACAGCAGCACUCCAGUUAUGUGAGUCAUCCCACCAUGUUUCUGUGAUGGCAACAAUAUCAUAGUCUUCUUGCUGUACAAUGACUUCUAGUUACUACUGUCUGUUGCCCAUGCUGUGUGCAUUGGUGUAGCUGCACUUCAGCUGGGCUGUUGAUCCUGCCAUGCUCCUGAGGGGAAUAGUCUUAAUUCCUAAGUGACUACUUGCUGUCAUUUCUAACCCAUCAAAAAUAUUUUUACCCUUUUUGGAACAAUGAUCUCUUAAGGGUUACUGUCUUUAUUUGGAAGUUCCAUUCAUAGACGCCUGCGGCUAAAUCUCUUUGGAGCAGUUACACCGUGAUGUUUUAAGAAGUUGAGAAUGAGUCAUUUGAAUAUAUGGGUUAGUAUUUAUGCAAGAGGAUGGUUGAAGGCUUAUAUAAAGCUUUAUUAGGCAAAAUCUUCACUUGAUCCUUCAUCUGGAUAAAAAAUUUGUCCCACUGAGGUAACAGAAUAACAAGUCUGUGUCCACUGCCUUUCCAUGAGAUAGCUUUUGCAAUGGUGUAAAUGAGAACUGUAAUAUGUAGCAGAGCAGAAUUUGCUUUUCUGGCAUACCAAGGCAUUCUUAAAACAUGGUCCCUGACACAUACCUUCUGGCCAGUGUUCAUUUUCAUCAUGAGUAGAAGCCCCGUGCUGUAUUUCAGUCACUGCCAGCCAGAAGCACUGCAGAAGCUGCUCGUACCUUAGUCCUGCCAACUCAAUGCCCAUCCAGUUGAGAGAUACUUUCUAAAUUCUUUGUGUGUUUGUUGAGUGGGAUAUGUGAAAAAAACCAAAAUUGUGCAGAAAUUGAAACAAGGGAAUCAGCAGCCUGGUAGUCCUCAUGCAAUCUCCCACCUAUGUCUAGAAUAUUGUGUGUUAACCCAUCAGCUGUUGUAGUAGCAAACUGAUUAUGUGCAGUUUAUGUAUUUUACAGACUGCAACAGAACUGUGAAAUUAUGUGUUAUUUAAGUAAGCUUUCUUUCCUAUUAUUCCCUUUUAUGUCUGCAUAGAAAGAAGUGUGAUUCUGAAAAUGGUAAUGAAAUACCCACUUAGUACCUGUAAAAAUAGUGCUUCAUUGUAUUGUCUGAUCUGAUCUGAUCUGAUAGGGACCUCAAGAAUGUCCCGUAUAAUGUCAUCGGUGAUGAAUGUUCUGCUUCCUUUUAAGCUUGCCUUGUUCUUUAUGUGAUAUCCAACACAGUUGGAACAGGAGUGGAUCACAUAUAUGUGAGGAGCCCAGCGUCAUUCUCUACAGCAACAGUAAUGGGCCGACCUGUGCCAAUGUCACCUAGAAUUUGAACCUACAUUGAACUAAAUUCUUACUGGUUUUCCUAGAGAAGGAUGGCAUACUGAAGUUCAAAGAGACAACAUUCCUUUCCAAAUGAAACCAAACAUCCCCUUUUUCAUGCAGUCACCUACGUGCACCUUUUAUUUUUCUAAAGUCUUUGCAGAAGUCUUCGUUCUCCUCUUAGCAUCACUUGAUUGGCAAGAACAUACAAGCACUAUUAAGUUAGCAUAUUCUUCUGUCACCAGAGUAGGACUUCAUUAGGGUGGCAGAGCUUGCAGAGAUUAGGCAUCAGAUUGCAUCUGCUGCUGUCUAAGUCUUUGCCUGUGUGGGCUCUGGCAACUCCAUCAUGCCUAUUGGGACAGAAAUGUCAUACUUUUUCUUUUGCACAUUGAAGUACAUUGUUGCUGCUCUGUGGCCUUUUUUUCUUCUAUCUGGAAAAGUAAGCCUCUACUUUCUCUAGCAGCAUUUACCAAUAGAAACUGUUAUCAUUAACCGAGGCCUUGCCAGGCUUCUUUAAGCACAUUGUCUUUAGCUUAUGGGGAUAACUGUUGUACUGAACCUUCCUUGUCAUGGGCCUGACGGAAGGUCGGUUAAGCCAGCAGGUGCCACUUUAUUGCUGUCUGCAGAUUUUGGUUUAGGAUCCGUUGUUUCAUACAAAUCAAGUAAAUAUGCAUUAUACAAAUGUGUAUAGAGUUUAUUACAACUUCAAGGAUCAAAUCAAAAUCUUUGGUUCAGCACGAGGAAUUCACCUCAGAAAAUGUUGCUUGUCUGUGGAAAGUUUUUUUUUAUUAUUUUUUAAGAAUACUUUUAGGAAGUACUCAAUAAUUGGAGAAUAAAUAAAACCAGGAUUUUGUUUGCACUGUAAUGUUGUCUUUGUUUAUUUAAGUGAUUGUAUGAUAUUUUUCCAGGGAAGGGAUAUUCCUCCCAGACAUUUUAAUGUACAGUGAAAAUACAGCAUGUUGCAAUGUGUAGUGUUGCAUAUGGGUGGAAGAUCUCGUGGUGAUCAUGCCUAUAUAGCCCAUUAA